CACAGCACCAGACCACAGAAGGGCGAUUACUGACUGGCACUGCAUUUGACGUUAGGCGUGAACUGUCAGAGUAGUGUCACAGGUGUUAAGUUGAUAUUUAACGUAUCAAAAAGAUGGGCAAUCAUCGAGUGCUCUUGCUGUUUAUCUGCUUUGGUGUUGUUUUACAUUAUGUCGAUGGGUUUUACCACAAACAAUCACACGACGACAGCAGUGAAGAGGAUGAAGAUGUUCUUACGCACAAGCUUCACAAGCAGCACGGAGCUAAUAAAGAGUGGGCAAGAGAAACAGGAUAUGAUGAUGAAGACGAAAAAUGGACAGGCCGGUGGAUGCCUUCAAGAUCAGAUGAUCCAACUCCACCUCCAAAGGUUCUACACAAAACUGGAAAAUUCAAAGAUCACAAUGUUCCGGCUGAUCCAGAUCAUCUUAUCGGAAUGGGAGUACAAUCAAAACAGUGUGACGAUGGAAAAACAAAUUUGAGGGUUGACUGGAAUUGGUCACCUGUGAACUAUACCUGCUAUGAUGAGAAAAUUGUACCGAACUAUUUAACGAGGCCAUUGAUUUACUGUGAGCAUAUCCCCUCCUCAUAUGUCCCUGUACACAAGUGCAUGACUGAAAUAAUUGAAUACGACGACGAUAUUCCCAUAUAUGGAUCACACAGACCGGUAUGGCCUGUCUAUGGAGAGUACAAAUUUAUACCUAAGCAAAGAUGGAUUCAUAGUUUAGAGCAUGGUGCCAUAGUAAUGUUAUACCACCCCUGUGCUAAUCCAAUGGAAGUGAAACGUCUGAAGAAAAUAUUGAGUUCUUGUCUCCGACGACAUAUUAUUACUCCCUAUACAUCACUAAACGAAGAUCGACCAUUGGCAUUGCUAAGUUGGGGCUGCCGAUUGACAAUGUCUGUGGUAAAUCCAACGCUUGUGAAACACUUCAUCAAAAGCAGAGCAUUACGUGGACCAGAGCCAAUCGCUAAACAUGGAGCAUUUUCUGAGUUCCUCAAGCAUGUUGCUAAAACAAUUACGGACGAAGAAGACACAACAAUAUGCCCGGAAAUGUGAUUUUCUUAACAUGAGCCUCUGAAAUUAUUAUUACCUAUGUUAACAUCGCACAUAUAUGUACUUCAGUUAUAAGACAAUAUACAUUUAACUCCAUGAA